AUGAGCGCCCUUGUGAAGGAUAAGGGCAAGGGCAAGGUGGAUGAUACGGGCAGCGACGAAGACAGGUGCAUGGGGGCUAUGCAGAUGCUGAGUAGCAUGGCGCAUGACACCAAGCAAAAGGGUAAGGCGAAGAAAGUAGCUGGGGUGCGCUAUGUGGAUGCGCAGGUUGGUGGCAAAGCCGUGCAAGCGUUGGUGGAUACGGGCGCCACACACAACUUCAUUACCCCAGAGGAGGCGCAACGACUUGGCUUGGAGAUGCGCAAGACGGAGGGAUGGAUCAAGGCCGUCAACUCCGAGGAGGCACGCGUGAGUAGAGUGUGCAAAGAGGUGGAGCUAUGCUUGCAAGGAUGGAAGGGCAAGGCCGACUUCCAAGUUGCGGAGAUGGACGACCAUGACAUGGUGCUGGGGCUGGAGUUCAUGGACAGGAACAACGUCGCGCCACUACCAUGCCUUGGUGCGUUGAUGAUACUUGGAGGCGAGGAAGGCAAGGCCGCAUGCAUGGUGCCGCUCGUGGGCAGGAAGGAGAGUCCAGAGGUGGCAGUCAACACGAUGGAGCUCGUGAGGACUUCACAUCUCCCGAAGGGCGCUCGUUUGGGAAAGGAAGUGGCGGAUGGCAUUCCUCCACAGGUUUUGAUGGGUUAA